GCUGGCCCUACGCGCAGAUCGAGACAAGGCCCAGUGAAGACCACGGAUGGUCAAGCGUCUGACCACUUAGGCCUUAUCCCCUUGCAGACCUAACAUAAGGAGACUUUUUAAUUUUCUUUGCAACUCCGCAAUUCCAUUUUUUUUCUGCAAAAGCCGGUUUAGUGAGCUUCUCUCGGCGGAAAAAUUGCUCUGCGAAUUUUCUUUCUGUUUAUCCAAUUAAAAACUAUGCAUAUACCUCCAAAUGCACUAGUGCCGUGGGACGGUACAACGGCGAAAAGCUCGAAUUAAUGAGUGAGGAUGAUCUUGCCCAGUUAUUAAAAGAAAUACGAUAUGCAUUGUGUGACUGGUUGCGUGCAGCUGUUGUACGUGAGCCUUGAGAAGUCAUGGCUAGCGAUGUAUUCUCUGUUGUACUCCUAAUUAUUCUGCAUUAGCGUAACAAAACAAAUAAAAUGUAUAUAUCUCACUGACGUAUAUCUGGGGAUACAAUAUCAUUCGUCAAUAGAACGAAGACACGAGAGGAUGAAAAACAAACGUUGCGUGUGUACAUUGAUGCUGGCUGACGCAAUGACUGACAAUGAAACGACGAUGGACUAUCACAUUAGAACUGUUACGGCCGAUGCUAAGCCCAAAGUUUUGGCUUUUCUCAGGCGCUUUUUCUUCCGGGACGAGCCGUUGAAUCACAGCAUUGGACUCAUACCCGAGGGGGAGAACAGCACUUGUAUCGAGCUCGAGGAGUACUCCAUGUCCUCGUUGGAGCAGAAUUUGAGCCUCAUGGCAGUGGCAUCUAGUGGAGCUAUCGUUGGGGUACAGAUCAAUGGGACGACUGAAUCACCGGAGGAAGAGGAGGAGCCCGACUACAUAAAAGCUUGCGAAAACGCGAAAUUCAAGAAAAUCCUGAAGCUCUUGCAUCAUGUGGAUCAAGAGGUGGACGUACUGAAGCGAUAUCCGGAGAAAAAGAUCAUGGACAUUCGGAUUAUAUCAGUGGACAGCAACUGGAGGGGUCAAGGCGUAGCAGCUGCUUUAUUUGAAAAAACAAUCGAGAUAGGCAGGGAGUUGGGUUACGACCUCAUCCGCACUGACUGCAGUUCUCACUUCACUGCCAGGCUGUGCAAGCGGCUCGGUUUCGAGGAGAUUUAUUCACUAGAGUAUGCGGAUUACGUUGACGAGAGUGGAAAACCUGUAUUCACACCUACUGCGCCUCACACUACGAUCAUAACUUAUGUGCGAAAGCUCUAGGCUAUAAUUUAUCUAUUUAUUGAUCUAUCGAGUGAUGGCACGAUGUGAUAAAAUUAUACAAGUCAAACGUAAUAUUUAUAGUUAGGACUGCAAGUCGAGGACACGUUAUGGCGAAUGCGAAGGGUCUCUGGCGAUUGAUUACUUGCAGAAUAAGUCACUAAGUCAUUAAGAAAAGAACACUUUCAGGAGUAAAUCGACACUAUGAAAAUAUUUUCGGAAAGAAGAUCAGAAAAAUUUAUAAAUUUUCGAAAAUUUGAUUGAUGUUGAGUUUCAUUUAUUUUUUGUGAACUUCCCAGUUCCGGAGAUAUUUUUAACUACUAAUUCAACGGUAAUUUAAUUAGUAUUCAGAGGUUCUUAGAAUUUUUCUUUCGUAUAUUCUUCUAAUUACGCAGAUGUGAUAUUCCUUCCACCGGUUUACCCCUAAAUUAGUCAACUCAAUUAGUCGUUAAAGGUAACAAUUGAAAGUAUCAGUACCAUUUAUAUUUUUACAUCUGUUAAUAUUCGUUUUAAUAAAAAAAUCAUUGAAGGGUU